AAUUGGCCGGGGCAGGACCACUCCCCCAUUUUUAGAACUGGAAUUCAAGGAAAACAAAAACUGAAAGAGCAAAAAUGCAAGAGCAACUGGUACUUUGACAUGAUGUCCCUUAUAGGAAAGAAGCUACGUUUGGAAAAAAAUUAAUAAUUAUCCCAUUUGAUCCAAAACAAAACAAGAAGUAAAAGAUAAAGAGAGAUUAGGAAUCUAUGCCUCUGUUAGGAGAACCCCAAAAUAAGAAACAAAAAAAGAGACUAUGAAACAGAUUGCAUGGAAUUGACCAUGUCCAAAGAUGAAAAAAUUAACAAGAAGAAAAAGAGAGUCUAGUGAUUGAACGAAUGAAUGAACUUUGCGUCUAAAACUAGAAGAGGGCAACCAAGGAGAGGUUGUCAAGAAACAAAAUUUAUGACUUGCAUCUGAUCCUGUGAACAGAUCAGUCCAAAUUCCAAACUGCCAAAAUAACCAGAUGUUCCAGUAAAUGUUCUGGAAACUAAUUCAACAGCAACACUUUUAUAUUUCAGACAAGCUACUCUCAAUAGUGUAUAUGUUAAAAUUUUUAGUUCAUUCAUUUUUUUACCUUGAAUAAUAAGAUUAACCUGGAAUAAAUGUUUUAAGUUACCCCUCCCUAAAAGGAUUUAUUCCUUAACCCUUGUCAGAACAAGUUGUUGAAGUAUUACAUCAGUGGAAGAAAAUUUCAAUUAGUAGUUAAGAUUGAAUGCUUGGUUGUUAAAGAAUAGUUUAGGUAAAAUGAGGAAGAUCAGAUCAGAUCAGAUCCGAAGAAGCAAUCCAUUUGCAAUGACUUAGCACAAUUCAAUCUUGUCAUCCGAAUGAGAAUCAUUUUUGAGGGAAACCCAUUGACGGAAAAUAGAUAUGCUUAUAUGGGUUAUAAAUCAUCAAAGAUUGGUCGCACUUCCUAUGGAGAUCCGUGCAGCAAUAUCCUAUCUUUUGCUGUACUAAUCACUUUGCAGUAUUUGGGGGCGUGUUUACCUGACUAGGCUUAGAUUCCCAAUCAACGAUGAAGUGUUUGUAACAAUUUUCAAAGGAAAAAGGACGCAUCACAUUUAUAAUAAACAAAUCCACCUCAUCUGAUCUCUCUUUUUUAAGCUUCAAUUUGUCAUAAAAAAUAACCCACUUGCAUAGAGAAAAUAAAAAAGGUUGGGUUUAGAAAAAUCCAAUACUACUAGUAAAAUAUUGCCAUUUUAUCCCCAUUUAGCAGGCAUAGAGUGUGUAAAAUUUGUUAAUUCAAUCAUUAUCUAAUAAUUCAAAUCUAUUAGAACUCCCUUUCUCUCUUGUUUUCACCGGUGGUCCUUCUGAGCCUUUCUUUUCUUCCCAACACAUCAUUCCAAAACCGGGACCUACGACAAAAACACAGCCCCACAAGUCACAACAAUUAGGCAGUAAGAUUCCUCAUACGAUCGACAAGGAAAACUAAUUAAGCUCCAUGUACAAAACAACCGCCGCUACGUUCCUAGCCAUAGCCACCUCUUUCUUUAUUCUCCUCUUUUCUCCCCCACCAAAAUCAUAUUAUCACUCGCUUUUCAUAUCCAAUACCCUGGCCGACAAUGCCUCGAUAUCUCACCACCUCUACACCCUGACCCGCCGGCCACAUGUUGCUGGCUCCCAAGCCAACGCUGAGGCUGCAGCCUAUGUUCUGUCCACACUCUCCUCCUGCAACAUGAAGGCACACAUCAUCUCCUAUGAAGUUUUACUAACCUACCCAGCUUCACGUUCAUUGACUCUGACACGUUCUCCUCCAGAGCCACCCAUAACUUUUGAUCUGAAGCAGGAAAUAUACGAGGGAGAUCCCUAUGCAGAUGUGGCUAAUGAAGUGCUGCCCACUUUCCACGCAUACGCCAAGUCAGGUUCCAUCACUGGACCAGUGGUAUAUGUAAACUAUGGGAGGGUAGAGGACUACGAGACAUUGAUAGAAAUGGGAGUCAACGUUACGGGUACUGUGGUUUUGGCGAGAUAUGGACGGAUUUAUAGAGGAGAUAUUGUGAUGAAUGCGUUUGAUGCUGGUGCUAUAGGGGCACUGGUGUAUACGGAUAGGAAAGAUUAUGGAGGUGGGGGAGGUGAUGCAAAGUGGUUUCCCGAUGACAAAUGGAUGCCGCCAAGUGCAGUUCAGGUAGGAACGGUCUAUAACGGGUCUGGAGACCCUACCACUCCUGGAUGGGCUAGCACAGAAGGAUGUGAGAGGCUGUCAGUUGAGGAGGUCGGGAGGAGCGGAGAUGUUCCUCUAAUACCUUCAUUGCCAAUAUCAGGAGCAGAUGGUGAAACAAUCUUGAGAUCAAUUGGUGGACAAAUUGCAAAAGAUGAUUGGCAGGGAAGCAAAGAUGCCCCAACUUACAAAGUUGGACCAGGACCAGGAGUUGUGAAUCUCGAUUACAAUGGGAAAGAAGUCAUUGCAACAAUUCAAAAUGUCAUUGGUGUUAUUGAAGGAAUAGAGGAGCCUGAUCGGUUUGUCAUUCUGGGCAAUCAUCGUGAUGCAUGGACAUUUGGAGCUGUUGAUCCCAACAGUGGCACUGCAGCACUGCUAGAGGUUGCCCAAAGACUAUGGAAGUUACAGAGAAAUGGUUGGAGACCACGACGAACAAUUAUUUUGUGCAAUUGGGAUGCUGAGGAGUAUGGCUUGACAGGAUCAACAGAAUGGAUAGAAGAAAACAGAGAAUUGUUGGCUUCAAGGACAGUUGCAUACUUAAAUGUUGACUGUGCGGUAUCUGGAGCAGGAUUUCAUGCUGCUGCAACUCCACAACUUGAUGAGCUACUUAAACAAGCUGCUCAACAGGUUCAAGAUCCAGAUAACUCAUCGCAAACAAUAUAUGAACAAUGGGUUAGGUCCAUUGAUUCUCCUCUGAUUGGGAGAUUAGGAGGAGCAGGUUCUGAUUAUGCGGCUUUUGUGCAACAUGUUGGUGUUCCAGCAGCAGACAUGCUUUUUGGAGGAGGAUACCCAGUGUAUCAUUCAAUGUAUGAUGACUAUGUCUGGAUGGAAAAUUUUGGUGACCCAAUGUUUCAUAGACAUGUUGCAGUGGCAAGUGUUUGGGGUUUAUUAGCUCUUUGGCUGGCAGAUGAGGAGUUCUUGCCUUUUGACUAUCACUCCUAUGCAUUUGAACUCCAGAAGAUUGCAAAAGACCUGGAAAAUGAGAUUUCAGGCAAGGGCAUAACUCUUUCUCCCUUGUUCAAGUCCAUUGAGAAGCUAUCAAAAGCAGCCAGCAAGAUAAAUAACCAGAAAAAGGAAAUAAAAGAAGCUAAAGGAUGGCCAUCAAUGUGGAGAAACAAGCAUGUCAAAGUGCGAGAGCUAAAUGACAGACUAAUGAUGGCUGAACGUGCAUUUACGGACCACGAUGGACUUCUUAGAAGGCCAUGGUACAAACACUUGAUAUAUGCACCCUCAAGGCACAAUGAUUAUGGAUCUACAUCCUUCCCAGGGGUAGAUGAUGCAAUUGAAAAUGCAAAGAAUCUGAACACUGCUGAGUCAUGGCAUUUAGUGCAACAUGAAGUCUGGAGAGUUUCUAGAGCUGUCAGGCAUGCCUCCCUAGUCCUCAAUGGAGAACUAACAUGA